AUGUUUUCACCCAAGCAGCCCCCGGCGCAAUCGACGGAGGCUGCGCAGUCGGCGCAUGCCAUGCAGCAGCAGCAGCCGCAACGGCACCCACAUUCACCGCUGCCACCGCCACAACAACAACCGCUCCCGGCCGCCCCGACACCGGCGCAAGAUGACGAAGGGCUCCGGCCGAAGAAGACCAAGACAAGGCCGCGCAGGGUAGCGGAUGGCAACCGGCAGCGGUCGGCGAGAGCGAAAAGUGUGAAGGCGGUGUGCCGUGUCGGCGGUGCACGCACUUUCAGCGGCAGUACCCCCAGCGCGGCGGCGUCCCGCCACGCAUCAUCCCCAGAGCAGGGUGAUGCAGAGCUGCGCCAGCGCGCCUCCAACAUGGAGCGGCUGCUUGUCCACUUUGUCGGCAACAUCAGCCUCGACGCGCAGACGCUGCAGGGGCUCGCCGACUCGCUCGACCAGGAACGUGGCGGACCAGGCCAUGGCCCGGCGCCAGCACUGGGCACGACAGGGAAGACGCUUGAGAGGAGACGCCUCAGUUCGCGCGAGAGGCGUGAGGACGGUGGUGGUGGUGGUCGCGGUGCACAUGCCAGCAGGGAGGGGGACGUCGAGACGGAUUCCAACGCUUCCGAGUAUAUCAAGGUCGACGAUGACAUCACGGUUCAACCAUUGGAGAACAAUGUCACGCGAGUAGACUACUCUGGCGAAUUCUCACAUUGGAAUUUUUCCAUGCGGAUCAAGAAUUGGAUCGAGAAGUGCGGACCCUAUCGCACGGACGCCCCCGAUGCUCCCAAGAUCAAGGAGUUUUACCGAGCAGAAGAGCUCCAGUCGUCGUCCGACACAGCCGUCCUCCUGUCGGCGCUGCCGCCGCGCUACAUUGUCGAUUUUCUCGUGCGCGCGUUUUUCACCUACGCCGAGACGAACUACUUCUACGUCGACCGGACAUGGCUCGCCAAACGCCUCGACGCCGUAUACGAGAACCCCACGUCACUCACCCGCCGCGACGUGCCCACUGUCUGUAUCAUGUUCACCGUCUUCGCCAUUGGCACCCAAUACGCCUACCUCGAUUCGCCCCACGACAAGACUGACGACCCGAGCCCCUUUUCGGAAGACUCGGUCGGCGUCAAGAUGUACCAGCAGGCCUGUCGCCUUGUACCUGAUGUCAUCACCAUUGCGUCGCUUGAGAGCGUCCAGGCAAUCUUGCUCAUCGGUCUCUAUACCCUGCCCCUAGACCCUUCAGGUCUUUCGUAUACCUACUUCAAUCUAGCAGUCAAGCUGGCAAUCCAAAACGGCAUGCACAGGAAACACCCGAACAACGGCCUCGACCAGGUCGUUCGCGAGACGCGGAACAGGGUUUGGUGGACGGCCUGCACCAUUGAAAAGCGCAUCGGCACCUUCCAUGGCCGGCCCAUCUCCAUCGCCAUGAGCGAUAUCGAUGCAGAACUUCCCGUCGACCGCCCUGAAAUUUGGCCGGGCCCUGGCCCCCAGAACACCAUUUACCUCCUCGCGACGCUGCACCUCAACCGUGAGCUCGCGAGGAUAGCCCAUGAGAUUUCUACCUUUAAAACUUAUGACAAGCAAGCCAUCUUCACAGCCCUCGCCCGCCUCGUCGACAUUAAGGAUGAACUGCAAACCUGGUGGCGCUCUCUACCCUCGGGGCCCUUCUGCAAAGACGCCGACCGCGACCCGACGGCCCCCGUAUCGCGCGCCGCCAUCCACCUGCGCCUUGAGUACUGCCACGUGCGCAUGUACGCCGGCCGCCUCUUCAUCACGCCGCGCGGGCCUCUCGCCGUCAACGCAAGCCCCGGCUCCUCCACAGCGACAGACGCCCCCGGCACAGCAGGCUCCGGAUCGGCAGCGCACCGCAACAGCGGGCCGUCGCGCAAUGCGCAGCGCCGCGCCGCGCUCGUGGCCGACUGCGUCGACGCCGCACUCGACAUAGUCGACACGUGCCGCCUGCUGCGCGGCACCAUCGGCCUCGCGCGCGCCUCGUACACCGAGUUUAGUGCGCUGCGCGUCGGCCUGCUCGUGCUGCUGACACAAUGCCUCGAGCACCGCGGCGCCAACCGCACCGAGCGCUGCGCGCCGCGCUUGGCGACGGCAUGUCCAUGCUCAAGGACAUGUCGACGUGGGGCGCGUCGGCCGCGCUUCGACGGCCAGCUCAUUGAGCCUUGA